AUGGUUGUGCAACCUAUUCAGACCUUUGAGCGCGAGUACACCAUCCCCGCUCACCUCCGCCACACCGCAGAUGAGCCGUUGUCUGCCAAGGCAAGCACCCGUCUCCGCCAGUUGCUCGCUCGCCCUGGCAUCGUCGCUGCCCCGGUCGGUGCCGCCACCACUGCUGCCAAGCUCGGCAUGCCUGAUCUCGCCAUCGCGACACUACCUGACUUUCCUCAGCUACUCUACCCGCUCAUUGCCGACGCCGACACUGGCUUCGGCGGGCCUGCGAUGGUAGCUCGCACAGUGCAAAUGUACGACCGGGCCGGCGUGGCAGCUCUCCACAUCGAAGAUCAGCUGUCCAGGCUCGUGACGCCAUUCCGGGUGCGAUUCGUUGUCAUUGCUCGUACCGACUCUGCUCAGGUGCUCGGCAUGGAUGAGGCUAUCCGCCGCUUGCAAGCAGCUGCCUCUGUCGGCGCUGAUGUAGCGUUCAUCGAGGGUGUGAAGACCAAGGAGCUGCUCGAGAAGACUGUGAAGGCAUUGGCUCCUACACCUGUGCUUGUGAACGUUAUCUCAGGCGGUCUGACUCCUUCGUUCACCACCCAAGAGGCAGAGGCAAUGGGUGCAAAGAUCAUCAUCUUCUCUCUUGUCUCGGCCGUCGCGGCAGUACAUGCGAUCCGUGAGGCAAUGGCGCUACUGAAGAAGACCGGCACUGACCACACAUCUGCCGGGGAAUGGACCCACGCAAGUUCUUCGAGGUUGUUGGCCUGGACGAGUGAUCGAGGUUGA